GCGGGCUAGCGGUCCCGGGCCGCCGUGGAAAUUUCCAAGGACUUGGCGCGGCGCGGGGAGCGCGUCUGGGGGGUGCCUGGCAGCGCAGUAGCGCGGGAGGCGGGGAGAGGCGGCGAAGGGCGCAGGAGCAUCGCUCAGAAGCGGACGCCGCGGACCAGAUGUCUGCGAGGGAGACGAGACUCUCCCCGGCCCCACGCCGAGGGCGACGGUAACGCUGCAGAACCGGCGGGAGCGACUCGCCGCCGCCGCUCCCCGCGCUCUCGGAGACCGCGGCGCCCGCCUUCUGCAGGGGGAGCGACCAUGGCCGUAGCUCGUGACUUGCUCCCGGGGCACUUCCCCUAGGAAGAAAUCCUCGAAAAAGUUGCCUUGGAAAAAAUCCUUGCGCUGACCUUUGGGGCUGUGGGCGCCGAAGGAACGUGCGUGCGAGUGCGAGCACGAAAGCGAAAGGUGUGUGUGCAUGGGGGGCCGGCGGUGGGGGGAUCCUCCGCUGCCACUGCGCCUAGCCUAGUGCCGAGGCUCCGGCCCUCGACCGCCACCCUGGGACCCGGGGGCUGCGAUGAGCCCCUGCGGGCAGGCCCGGCGACACACGUCCAGAGGGGCCAUGGCCGUCCUGGCGUGGAAGUUCCCGCGGACCCGGCUGCCCGUGGGAGCCAGUGCCCUCUGCGUCGUGGUCCUCUGUUGGCUCUACAUCUUCCCCGUCUACCGACUGCCCAACGAGAAGGAGAUUGUGCAGGGGGUGCUGCAACAGGGCACGGCGUGGAGGAGGAACCAGACGGCGGCCAGAGUCUUCAGGAAACAGAUGGAAGACUGCUGUGACCCCGCCCAUCUCUUUGCUAUGACUAAAAUGAAUUCCCCCAUGGGGAAGAGCAUGUGGUACGACGGGGAGUUUUUAUACUCAUUCACUAUUGACAAUUCAACUUAUUCUCUCUUCCCCCAGGCAACCCCAUUCCAGCUACCCUUGAAGAAAUGCGCGGUGGUGGGAAAUGGUGGGAUUCUGAAGAAGAGUGACUGUGGCCGUCAAAUAGAUGAAGCAAAUUUUGUCAUGCGAUGCAAUCUUCCUCCUUUGUCAAGUGAAUACACUAAGGAUGUUGGAUCCAAAAGUCAUUUAGUGACGGCUAACCCCAGCAUAAUUCGGCAAAGGUUUCAGAACCUGCUGUGGUCCAGAAAGACGUUUGUGGACCACAUGAAAGUGUAUAACCACAGUUACAUCUACAUGCCUGCCUUUUCUAUGAAGACGGGAACAGAGCCAUCCCUCCGGGUUUAUUACACACUGUCAGAUGUUGGUGCCAAUCAAACAGUGCUCUUUGCCAACCCCAACUUUCUGCGUAGCAUUGGGAAGUUCUGGAAAAGUAGGGGAAUUCAUGCCAAGCGCCUGUCCACAGGACUGUUUCUGGUGAGCGCGGCCCUGGGCCUCUGUGAAGAGGUGGCCAUCUACGGCUUCUGGCCCUUCUCUGUGAAUAUGCAUGAACAACCCAUCAGCCACCACUACUAUGACAAUGUCCUGCCCUUUUCUGGCUUCCAUGCCAUGCCGGAGGAAUUUCUCCAACUCUGGUAUCUUCAUAAAAUUGGUGCACUGAGAAUGCAGUUAGACCCAUGUGAGGACACCUCACUCCCACCCACUUCCUAGGGACUGUGGAAAAAGAAAGGACUGAGCCAGGGUAUUUUUGUUAGGUUUUCUACGUGAUUCCAAAAGGGAAUGGUCAGGUCGUUUCAUGGAUUUGCGUGGGCCACUUGGAAAAAACGACAACAAAAACUCAAGGAGAACUCUACUUUUACUGUUGGCUGGAAGGACAAAAAAAGAAGUGAAAUGUCCUAUGAAAUCUUUUAUAGCACAUGGUGGAUGUGCAACUAGUAACAUGCUGAUGAAAUGAUGUUGGUAAACCACAUUUUCAUGGUUCAAAUAGCGAUGGUACAGUUCACAAACAAGACAAAACUCUAGUUGUUGAAGCUGAGGAAUUAAUCAAGGUAUAGUAAAUGAAACGCCAGGGUAAAAGUGUUAGUGAUUAUCAACAUGAACUGGCUUAAUUUAAAAAAAAAACUAUCUUAUUAAGACUAACAUUAGAACUCUAUAGGUUUUAAAAAAAUUAUUAUUUAUUUUUGCCUUAUUUAAAGGCAGUGAGUAGGUGAUGGGGUAGAUUUUAAAAAUCCCUUACUGAAUAAUAUGGAUCCAAAAUGCUACAGCUGAUUAUUGUGAUUUGUUGAACCAAGUCUAUGUUAACUAGAGUUCCCUUCCCUUCCAUUUAAAAAAUGUUAAAUAAGAAUGACCUCCUCCCCUUUUGUCAGGUCUACUUAGACAAUGUGAAGCAUUGUUGAAUUUAGUCUGGGUUGAUUCAUUGUCAGGAUGAAGAGCCACUUUCCCUCCUCAGAAUUUAGGGCAUAAACUCAAUUUUAGGUGUGCAUUAUGUAACCUGUUUGCAUUAUUAUUAUUUUAGUGCAAAAAACUGCAAAUGUGAGUGCAUUAUUUAUUUGCAAAUUGGCAGAAUUGUCUUCAUAAUUUAAUGUUUGGAGAUGAAGUAAAGCACAAUGACGUAAAGCUUAGUCUCUGGAAGAUAGAUUGGAAGGCAUAUCCUUUUCUAUCUACCAUGGUAUGUUCCCUCCAAGAUAAAGAAUAUGCAUGCACACAUAAAAGAAUGCAUAUAUUUGUGUACCCUCUUACAUAGACUCUCACACACACACUGUUAAACAAAGCUCAUUCCUGUGUGAUUAUGAAAGCCAAACCCACAUGACCUGGGAUGGCAAAAAUCUGUAACUGGUGUUGGAGAGCUACAAAUGCAUUAUGUACUACCUACUACACCUUGAUAUGAGAGAAGCCAGCUUACUGCAUGCUGCUGUAAUGCUCAAACCAGUAUGAGAUGCAAGCCUUACCCCCAAAUCACUCCAAAUGAGCAGAAUUGGUUUAGUCAAUGUGACUCUUCCCAGCAUCUCAUGAGUAAGUCCUGUGUUAAGCAUGGUCAUCAAGCAUGGUUCACACCAGUAAAGGGAUGUGAAUUAGUAGCUGUUUAUUUCCUUAGUAACAGGUAGGACUGCUUAGAAGGCUUGUUACCUCAGCUUCGACACAACUGCACACAAACUCCAUUGACAGAUUACAAGCCAGAUGUGUUUACAUAUAAGAGAAAGGUAAAAGAAACCUCACAUGGUCUUUGUGCUUUGGGAUGCCUUAAUCUAAAAGGAGACAGUAGAAAUCACUAACUUUAUUUUAAGUGUCACCAAAAUGUAGGUAAACUGUACCCAAAAGUUCUGCUUCAUUUUUAAUGGUAGAAACUUAGUAUACAAUAUAGACUAAAACAGUUAAACAGGUGGCAGUUUUUGGUGGGUUAAUUUAAAAGAUACCAAGAUAAAAAAGCCCUUGGAAAAAUUCUACAUCAUUGGAAUAGCCAAUUUCUAAAUAUGAUUGAAUAUUGAGGUUAUUAUAGAGAUCAGCAGUUAAAAUACGGCUGGUUGACAUAACACAGAUUCUGUUGAUAUUUAGAAAGUUAAGAAUUUGAGAGUAUUGAUUCUCUGCAGAUCUCAUUUGCUCUUUUGAUCCUAUUUGGCAACAAAAAUGUAAUGAGAAUGUACUAUGAGGGAGUUGCAUUAAAUAUUCGCUAUGUGUACAACCCUGAAUAUAUUUCCUCUUUUGAGCUAUUGUUAUUACUUAAUAACUACCUUAAAAAGGAAUAUAUUUUUAGCUAUAUGUUUCAUCAAAAUAUAAAAGGCCUAACAAAAAACAUACAUAAAAGUUAAUAAAAUAUGUAUCACUCAGAUUAGUGCUUUAAUUAUUAAAAUUGUUCAGAUGUAACUAAUGAGCUCCAUAGAACCCAUGUGUCACAGUUCCACUGGAGAUGCCUUCUGGAAAUUUUACAUCUUAUGAUUCCUGGGCUAGGUUUAUGCGAUAGAUUUGUACAGUGGUUAGUCUAUACAUUUGGGGUUUCUGAAAGGCAAAACAGAAAUGGCCCAAAUCGAUAAAGUGUAAUUCGAUCAGGGCUUCUUAACGGGGUGAUUCCCCUCCCCCAUCUGGUGACACUUGGCAAUGUCUGGAGACAUUUUUGAUUGUCAUGAUUUGGAGGGUGCUGCCAGCAUGUAGUGGAUAGAGGCCCAGGAUCCUGCUAAACAUCCUACAAUGCACAGAGCAGCGUCCCCUGCCUCCCCAACAAAGAAUUCCCCACUUGAAAAUGCCAAUAGUGCCAAGGUUGAGAAACCCUGGAUUAGACCAAAGUGAUAUUUUGAUUGUUCCAUAUUGUCUUCAGUUAAGGAUACACAUACAUGCUCUCAUCAUUCAAAGUAGGACUACAAUUUAAUGAGAAUGUUUUCUUAGAGUAGGUUACAGUUUGGCAUUAUUUUAUAGUGGUAAUUCUUAAGUAUGCCAUACAUAUUCCCUUUUCUGUGGUUAGAUAGAUGUGUCUAAACCUAGGAGUUUUGAGUGUCUGUGUGUGUGUACGUGUGUGUAGCAUAAAGUUAUAUAUAUCCAUCCUUAUUGAAAUAUGUGUUUUCCUAAGUGAGGAUCUUUCUAGAAUUAUCUUUCAGAGUACUCUGGCAUACUCUAUUACUCUUAAGAAGUUGAAUUCUUUUUUAUUUUUUUCAUCUUUAUUGGAGUAUAAUUGCUUUACAAUGUUGUGUUAGUUUCUGCUGUACAAAAUGAGUCAGCUAUACGUAUACAUAUAUCCCCAUAUCUCCUCCCUCUUGCGUCUCCCUCCCAUCCUCCCUAUCCCACCCCUCUAGGUCAUCACAAAGCACUGAGCUGAUCUCCCUGUGCUAUGCAGCUGCUUCCCACUAGCUAUCCAUUUUACAUUUGGUAGUGUAUAUAUGUCAAUGCUACUCUCUCACUUUGUCCCAGCUUCCCCUCCCACCCCCCACCUCCGUGUCCUCAGGUCUGUUCUCUAUGUCUGCGUCUUUAUUCCUGCCCUGCCACUAGGUUCAUCAGUACUAUUUUUUUAGAUUCCAUGUAUAUGCAUUAGCAUACUGUAUUUGUUUUUCUCUCUCUGACUUACUUCAGUCUGUAUGACAGACUCUAACUCCAUCCACCUCACUACAAAUAACUCAAUUUCGUCCCUUUUCAUGGCUGAGUGAUAUUCCAUUGUAUAUAUGUGCCACAUCAAGAAGUUGAAUUCUAAACUCCCAUUAUUUUAUUUUGUUUAUUUGAAAUUGAGACCUUCAGAAUUGGACCUCUUUGUCAAAUUUGGUUGAUUACAUUUUAAUAUUACUGACCCUUAAGAUGCAGCUCAGAAGAGAUUCAAGUUAUGGCAGACACAUUUAAUACAAAAGUAUUUCAUCAUUUUUGAUGCAUCUGCCAAGAGAAGAUGUCACCCUCUGACAUCAGUGUAAUUUUUAAAUUGCUUUUUAGUGACAAAAAUGUCACUAAAUGUCCAUGGGGAUAAAAGAGGGGUUGAAGAGACUGAAAAUGAGUACCUGAUGCGAAUUUUUAUUUUUAUUAGCUCCAACUGGAGAAUUGCACUGAUGUUAAGGAUCAUGAGUAAGGAUAACCUCUGUUUGAUUUUAAUUAGACUUUGGUCAAAUGAAGAUGCCUAAAGGAUUAAGUCACUCCAUAACAAAGAAAAGUAAUUUUUUAUAUGAAAGAUUUCUAUAUGGAAGAGGACACUGGACACAUAUGCUUUAUAUAGAGUAUUUGACCAAGUUUAUACAACAUUGUGCAUCUAAACUGUAAGUAACACAGGAAGUUAAGGAGUGUUUCCUGGAUUUUGUUUCUGUAUAAUUCACUUUUAGCUAUUUUAACAAGGGCAAAUGAUCCAAAAUGAUCCAAUGAUCCAAAGUGACAUGUUCAAACAGUACUCUGUUUGGCUUUGUGAUGUUUUAUGCCCUUUUCUGGGGUAAAAACCUUGUUUAGGUUAAAUGUAACUUAUACCUGAAGCAAUGGGCAACAUGGCUUAAAAUCUACCUGGAAAAUAACUGGGAAAAUCCUAGGACUCUGAAUUUUCCAAAAAUAUUCUGAGAUUAGUCAAAAGAUUUACAGGAAUGUUACAGAUAAUUUCAAAUAGAAAUGAUAUCAAUAACAUUUCUUCUUGUCGGCAACUACGGUAGAUUGUGAUUUUAUUAUAUACCACCUCCUAUUUCUCUGUUUUGAAAAUCAGCCACCUAGAGUUUUCAUUUCUAUGUUUAAAAAUACUGACUUUGUGAAAUUUUUAACUGAUAAAUCCUUGUUAGGAGGGGCCUAAGAGGAAAAAAAAGUCACAGUCCCCUGAAAACUUAAGGAAAUGCUUACUGUGUUGUAUAAAAACUUUCCCAUCAGAACCAGGUAAUAACUGCUCUCUGCCUGUAGAGUUUCAAAGAUCAAGAGCUAUAAGGACGUUUGUGGGAACUUGAGGAUGAGCAUGUGGAGGAAUGUCUUGAGAACAAUACUGUGCUUUUUAUUUCUUCAUCUUCCCAGUGUAGAGGUCUCCUCUGAGAUGAUCUGAUUUUAGUGGGCACACAGCAGGGAUGGAAGUGUGCAGACACUCCGAGGCACCUGCAACAUAGAUCAAGCCUCUUACAAAGUGAGCAGUAACAACAACUAAAUACAAGUAGCAAUUUUGGCAACUUCCGUGAAUUGAGUGCUGGGACAAGGAAGAGGCAAGUCGAAAGGAGGAAAAACUCAGUCCCCGCGCUCUCCGGAUACAAAGGGUCAGAGAAGUCUCUGCCCUUGGCCUUGGCUUUCCAGCACUCUCUAUCUCUGUCCACUAUCAAGGAAGCUGGCCUGCCUCCGGGGUCAAGCUAGUAGCCUUGUGACUAGAGAGUUGGUGUGGACAUUUGCUGAGAUGCUUAAACUUGUGCUCUUUAAAUUUGGGUGUCUUGUGAUAGAUUUCUGGUCAUCCUGACCUGAUUAUGGCCUUGCCAGUGUUUAUUAAAAACAGAGCUUUUUUUCUCUACUCUGAUGCAUUUUCUGAGUUCUUGAAGCUGGGAAGAUAGCACAUAUUCUACUAGUUCUCUAGUAGCCUAGAGAAAGUUCUAUAGCCUCUUUGAAAACCCUGGAGACUCAUCCAAAGGCAUCCUGAAGCCUAGACUGUCUGUUUAUAAAAUCCUAAAUAUGAAGCCGCAGUGUUUAGGUUGAGCACCAUAAAAUUCCUAUUUUGUAAGUGAAAGGAGAUUUGUGUGAGUCUGCAAUUGCUAUAACCUUUUUUCUUCCUAGCAUAAGAAAAUGGAUACUACUGGCUUUACCCCCAGCCUAGGCUUCUCUGAAGUUUUUACCUACAUCCUAGGGGUGAGAGAUUGAAAUAAAUACAUAAAUGGAAAAUUCAUUCAAACAUAACACAAAAAUUCUGCUUGUCAUUGCAAUAAAGAAAAAAUAUACGCUUCUGUCUCCUUCUUCUGAUUUUCUGGUGCCAGUAUUUUUGAUUUCUUCCAUCUCUAACUAAUAAGGAGUAAAUAACUUACUAUAAAUUGACUUACAAUACCUGUGAGCAUUUGUAUGAUAGCCAAAGCCCAUAACUAUAACUUUUUAAAGCACAAAAGAGGAAUUAUAUUUUGGUCAUGGUCACUAAUUUACCUACCUCCUGUGUUUGUAUUGAUCUCUACAUUGUGCUAAAAUUCUUUCUGACUUGCUUUCCUAUUGAAGCUGUGGGAUAGAAUCAAUGAUGCGAAGCUAUCUGGGAGUUUUAUAGAAUAGUAUCUAAAUAUAUUGAUCAUGUCUCUUUCUGCUUCUAUGUAAUUAGAUUUUCUCCAGUUAUUUGUCAUUUUAAAAGCUUAUGUUUCACAUGAUACCAAUAAACAUCUAAGAGAUGUGAUUUUUAUCCAGGGCAGAGAAAGUCAGGAGAUAGGUAUGUCUGUUUUUCUCUACAUAGUAAGAGAAAUGGAGAAUUGUAAUCUUAAAAAAGAGGUUUAACCAAAAUGAAAAAGAUACAGAUAAAAAUCAGGGCUUUAAUGGAGAGGGACCACUGGGAAGGAUCUUAGUGUGCAGCAAAGAGAGAGCACAGAGGCUGCUGUCCUUGUGUCAGCCUCAAGAACCUUUUCAAAACAUUUUAAAGGAAAUAUAUUGUCAUGCAGUUGUUAUGGCUAAUGAUGGAAAGACAGUAGAGAAAGCAGCGUGAGACUGUGAGAUGCUUAGGGAGAAAAGCAGAAGUGGCACUUAUUUACCUACUUGGACCCUCACGGUCUAAAUGCUACCCCCUUUCUGCCCUCUCCAAGUUGGGCUUUCCUUGGUGUCUGAGCCUGAAUAUGUAAACACUCCCAUUCUCACACCCCUCUUCCAUCUCCACUUUGAUGCGUACUCCCAAAAUAAGAUUAUUUAGAUCUUUUAUCAUAAUGCAGCAGCGAUAGUAGGAAGUGUUACCUUGAACUUGACCCUUUGAAACAUGAUCACCCUAUGCUAUGCAGAGUUAGCUUUAGUCCACUGCUCCCAAAAUUUUACCUCAGUAAAAGGCUUUUAUAUUCAUGAUUACUUAGGCAGACAUAGAUGUAUUUUCUCCACUGUGUUCUAGUGUAAACACACACACACACCCCUUGCAUUAGUUAUGCCCAUUGAAAAGAAAAAGAUGGCUGACCUUGUGGGGGGUGGCAGAGGGUGCCUUAACUUUUUCUGGCUUGGCUCCCACUUCCUUGUGUAUUUCCUUCAUGUACCCCAUCACUCUAGAGGUGUAACCAUGUUUGUUCCAAGUUGUAUCUUUAUCAUCAGCAAGAACUCUUAUAAAUGUAGUGAAUGUGACUAUUUUAUAUAAAUGCACAAUAGUAUAUAGGCCUUGGAGACGUCUGAUAAUAAUAUGUAAAUAUCCUUUGUUGAAGUAGUAGAACCUUCUCAUAGGGAACACCUUAGAUGAUAGCCACAGGAGGACACAUAGACUAAAAAUGUUUGUUUUUCCAGCAAAUUGUAGCAUUCGUGGAAUCAAGGAAACAAUUUUUUUUUCUGUUUCUCAUUCAUUCUUUAGCACCAAUCCUUUGGGCUUUCUUGUUGGUAGGUUACUAGAGACAACUCUUUCAUAAUAUAUAGGAUUCACAAUUUGUGAUGAUUGAUGGCCACUGGGGUACAUCAAAGUCAGAGACACUAGAAGGAAGGGGGCGAGAACAGACAAGGAGAGCUCCAUUGAAAACUUGCCUAAAUUUUUAAAAGUCUGGAACAUGAUUAGAACUCCAGUUAACCAUACAACAUAGUUAGUCUGAAAAGCUUUGAAAAAGAAAGUUUCUCUUUAACUCAAUGAUUGCACAUUAUAUAGUAUUCCACAUGUAUGCAAGCUGUUUUUCAAGAGCAAAUUUGCAGAGACUGGGGCUAAGAAAAAAAUAGAAAAAUUCAAAUGUUCUUCCAUGUACAGUAGUCUAAAAGUCCAUAGAUGCAGUAAUUCUGGAAAAGAUGUUAGAUUAGACCAUAAAAUUGAAAUCACUUUUGAAGUGUACCUGGAAUUACUUCUUCCUAAUAAAACCAAACUCCACUGGCAGUAGGUGUGGGGAAAAUCUGUGCUCUUCAUUUCUUCUCUUUUUAGUUUCAUAGAAUAUGUAGCAGGUAAGAAAAAACUUUAAUUGGUACUUUUUAUAGUAUGACUUGAGAAAAACAGUAUCUCUGUUGGUUCUGCUGAGUUGUUCUUUCCACAGAAUUUAAAUGCAAUGUCAUAGGAGGAGGUUUGCUGUAAAAACAUGUCUUUUUCUUUGCUGUGUUCAUUGUAAUUAUGGCUGGUACUGGGAAGGUUCAGUAAGUCUCAAUUUCUCUACCUCCCUUACUUGGAGAAAUUUUGGAAAUGUACCCUGUGAAUAAAAUGAUUUUUUUAUAGCUUGUGAAGUCUUUUUAUUUCCCAGAAGCGUGUGGGUAAUUCUAUUUCCUUUUCUUUUCUUCCUUUAUUUUGUAUUCAUAUCAGCUACACUGAUUUUUUCUUCUGGGUGAAAACUCAU